GGGGGGUGGGAAGAGCCCGAUGGGGUGAGAGGCGCCUGUGUGUUCAAAGUUAGGUUUAUUUGUCUUUAACAACUUUAUUGAGGAUGCGUUUACCUACCGUACAAUCCACCCCAUGUAAGUGCACAACUCUGUUACUUUAAUAAGUUUACUAAGUGGGGCAAGCGUCACCAAGAUCCAGCUUUAGAACUUUUCUGUCUACCCAAGGAUAUCACUCCUGGCCCUUUGCAGUCCCUCCUCGCUCCUACUCCCAGCCCCAGGCAACCACUGAUGCGCUUUCUGACUAUAAAGUUGCCUUUUCUGGAUAAUCCUUAUGAAUGGGGUCAUACAGGAAACUUUUCAGAAAAACUAGACGCUGUUAAACCUGGCCUGGUGGUCGGGCUUUCCCUCUGACCCACAGAAUGGUGGGGGCUGAGUUACCUCCUGAGCCUCGGUUAGAAAAAUAUCAACCAAGGUAGCUGUUGACGUUCCAGCAGUCUCUACUUCCUCUUUACCACGUCCUUCCUGCUAAAAGCCCGCUAAUGCAGAUGAGCAAGCCGAAGCACAGAGUGGUCAAGUAACUUGCCCAGCGUCACACAGGCUAGGACUCCUGCACUGUUUCUGUCAGGUGUGGUUGGUUUUGCCUUCACUGACCCCUGUGGUCAGGCCUGUGCGAGGCACUCUAAGUACCCAGAUGGGGAUGAGCAAGCAGAAUGGCUUCCAGAAGAAGAACUGGCCAUCCCACGCGCAAUAUUUUUGGUGAUUUUAGUGAUCUUUCCUUAGAGGAUUCAAAAAUGGAAGAAAUCAGAAACUUGAAAAUCGGUAGAAGUCUUACCCAAAUAGCACCCGGCCGCAGCAGAUUUCUCAAAGAACACCAAACGAUGGGUGUAAAAUACUCACUCCCGAAAGAGAAUGCCGUUGCGGAGGGUGGGCUCAGACUGUCUUCGGGGAGACCCCCGAUCACUGCCUCGAAGCUCAGGGCCAGCGCUGCGCUCACAAAACUGGCUCAGCUGGAAACCAAGAUCAUGAAUCGGAAAGCUCAGGCGGAUUUGUCUGAUGUGGAAUCUGACCUGAAGACGCCCGAGGACAGUCUUCCGAGGAGCGCACAUACAGCCCUUCCCAGGAGCACAGUCGGACUUCCCUCACACGGCCCAGAGAAAACCCAGAAACAAGCCCAUGAAACUCCCACGGCCGGGAGCGGCACACCGAGUGGGAAGGUCAGUAGGUUUCUAAAGAAGAGGGAACCACGCGUUGAAAAUGGAUUCCCUGAAACACAUUGUGGAAAAGAGAGGAGUUUUCAAACACCCAAAGAGAAAAAACCCACUAGAAAACUAGAUUCUCCAGACAGCGAUGAGGAGGAAAUGAAAGAGUUGCUAGGAGGCUUGAUAGAAUCUUCUAGAGAAAAAGAAACAUACACGAAUCGGCGUUUCGUCAGCUCCAAAGUCAGUGAGAAAGAACGAACAAAAGUAUUCUCGGAUCAGAUCCCAACUCAACCAAGAAUCCUUUCACUACCCAGUGAGGAACCUCCCGGCCCAAAGCCAUUUCGGACAUCAUGUCUGCCACCCUCACAGUCAGCAGACGGGACCCUUCGCAGCACGCGCUCAAAAGCUCGCUCCCCACAGACUCACGCUUCAGGGGACACAGCCGCCUGCACAGCAUCACUGUCCAUCACCGGCACCUUUUCAAAAUCAGCCUCCAUGACGCCACAUGGCAAGCUCUCCCCCGGAAGGAGUGAGCCUGAGCCUCACGAUCAGUCGCCCUCAGAAGCUGCCGAGGACAGCCUGAAUGAUUUUCGAAUCAAUCUUUUAUCCCUCGAUGAUCUGGCUCCAGCUGUCAGUGAGAACUCAGACUUGGAACGGAAAAAAGAAGGCCAGCGGGAAAAGGCAUCCAGCCAAAGUCCCCAGGCAGGGGGCCCUCCCACUGGAAGCGAGGUCUCAGAGUGCCUGAGCGAUCCGUCGGCUUCCUCUGCCGGGCCUGAGGAUGCUUCCAGCCCGAGGCCAACGUCUCAGGAGCCCACAGCCAGCACAGUGAGCUCGGCUUACUCAGAAGAUUUUGAAAAAUCCCCAAAUUCGACAGCAUCCGAGUCAAGGGCCCGUUCCGAGUCUCCUGAAAGGACGCUGGACACUCUGUCAGAAUUCUCUGCAAGCCUGAAGACAGACCUUCCCCUGCCAAUGCUCAAACCUUGGAAAAAGCAAGUCAGGGACGUUACAAGAGUCAUCAUGAAGGAGACGGCUGUGCAGACCCUCGAGCCCGCCUUCACCUACCAGUGGGUGGAGGGGCCCAGUGUGGCGGCCGUCGGACCGGCUCUGGGAGGUGCCUACGUGGACCCCGUGCCCGUUGCCAGCCACGUCAUCAGCGCGGACUCCAUAGAAGCCCUGACAGCUUACAGCCCGGCCGCGUUGGCGCUCAACGACAUGCUGAAGCAGCAGCUGAGCCUGACACAGCAGUUCGUGGAGGCCAGCCGGCACCUGCACAUGUCCCUCCUGCAGUCCCUGGACCGAGACUCCUUCCACUACCACACCCUGGAGGAAACCAAACAGCAUUGUCACGUGGCUUCGCGUCAUGGUCUUUUUCUGCCCACCUGCCCGGGAGCCAUUGGGGACGGGUGCUGCCUCCAGCACCCAAAGCCUCAGUGGACUGAGGUGGUGGUGGUGACGGCCCCCUGUCCUCUGCCCCACAGUACAUCAGGCACCACAGGCCUGCCCCGCUGUCCAUGGAGGAUGCCCUGGAGGAGGUGGAGGAGGAGCUCUGGGGACCGGAGGAGAGUAGUGGAACUCGCCCGGCCCCCGAGGGGACGCGCGGGCCGGUGGCAGUGGCCCCACGGGUGGAGUGGUCACCACUCACGGCCGGACGGAGGACGCCAGCCUGUCGGGAGCCCCGCGGAGCGGCUGUGCCGGCCGGGUGCUGGCCGCCCAGUGAGCGGACAUAGACGGGAGGGACCACAGCCCCGUCUGCUAAGCAGGAGCCCGGGCCAGGUGUCCACGCCGGGCACACCCACAUGAGGCGCCAGGGCAGCUCCCGACCUGACCGCACGACUCGGACGCAGUCUCUGCGUUCCAGGCACGCCUGCUCCCGACUCGGCUGGAGCACACUUCUGACUUGAACACGCAGAGAAGAAGGUCUUUAAAAAAAGUUUUUAUUUGAAGGCAAAACAGUAAAAUCCACAAGAAAUUGUUAA